AUGAGUGACAGUGAAGAAUAUUCUGUGUCUCAGAGCUCUAGCAUGUUUUUAUCUGUACCAACUCCGUCUCAUCCUCCACCUCCACGGUCAAUUGAUGGUAAAUUUUUUAAGAUUUUAAAUGAAAAAUCAUUAGAAAAUAAAAUUGUUGUGCAAUGCGUUAAAUGUGAGCCGAAAAUUGUAGAGUUGAAGGGUUAUGGAAAUUCAUCUUCUAACUUUGUCACUCAUUUAAAACGGUGA